AUGAAUUUAUUCGCUCAGCAAGUGAGGAAAUUCUUCUACCCUAAUUCCGCUUUUGAUUCAAUUCUAACGGUUAUCAUUGAAGGCGAAAACGAUAGGCGCUACAUUAUGCGUCAGGCUCUCGGAUUCUACGGCGCAUUAGCCGUGACUGGCCUUUACACGCUACACGACGCAAACUAUAGCGAUACAGAGGAUCUGAACUACUUUAUCCCUGCUUUGAAGCACUGCCUUGCUACUCAUCCUAUUCUGGGUGCUACUAUUCACGGGGAAGAUACUGAGCAUCCGAGUUUUCACCGUCCUUCAUCCCUGAACCUUCAGAACCACUUACACCUGGUCGAUACCGGCUCAUACCCGGGAUAUUUUUCGCCCAGGAAUGACUUCCACUGGAUCACGCAAGUGACUAAGAAAAUACACGACCAGCCUUUUCUUUCGGUGGACCAGCAUCCUCCGUGGAAAGUUUGCAUUGCUCCCAUUUCCGACGAAGCAGCGACGCCGGGAGUGCACCAAAUGUACAUCAUAUUUGCAUAUCAUCACUCUCAUGGGGAUGGAAAGUCAGGUCUUGCUUUUCACAGAAGCUUGUUGGAGGGACUCCGAACUGCGCAUGACAUUUACGAUCAAAGCAAUAUCUAUCAACCUUCUGCAUUGCCACUUCCACCAUCGCUGGAGGAUGCAUGCAAUAUGACAAUCAGCUGGUCAUACUUACUCCUCAACCUUCUCGGUGGCUAUAUGCCAAGUAUUGCAUACAAAUUGUUUGGAUUUCAACCCGCGAUAGCGUAUCUGGAUGCCUGGACUGGGAAAGCUAUGUGCUACGAUCCUGCCAAUUUCCACACCGGUUCCGAGGCUCUUUUAGUGGAGAAUGUUCUACUAAAUUCUGUCUUGAGGAUCUGCAGACAGAAUGGGGUAAAAUUCACCGGACUAUUCAAUCAACUCGUCGUUACUGUACUGAACAGCGUUCUUCCACGAGGUUCUCACGUUCAGAAUCUUCUUGGACAGAUCGUAGUUGAUCUGAGACCGUUGACUGUAUAUACUGAGAACCAAAUGGUAAACAGUGUUUCAGCGCUAUAUGUCCCUUCUACGCGAUCCAGCUUGACGUCUGGUACUACAGUAGUCAGUCUCAAGCAAGAUACCGCAUUUUGGGAUGCCGCGAGAGCAACCACAAGCCAGCUUGCAUGCUGCGCAAGUACCCUUGCCAAUCAACCAAUAGGGCUUUUACGAUAUUUGAGCCAGUUUCGUCCGUGGUUCCUUGAAAAGCUAGGCAAGAGUCGUGAUUCCUCUUACGAGAUCAGUAAUGCGGUCCUCUUUGACGUAACCUCACUCGAUUCUUUUUCUACUAUCACCAAUCUGAGAUUGAAAAAUUGGGAUAUAAAAAGAGUGAUGUUCUCACAGCCGGCGAAUGUCACGGGAAGUGCGCUGAACUUCCAGAUUGUAACACGGAAAGAUGGCGACAUGGUCGUUACUUUGAACUGGCAACUAGGUAUCUUGGGGGUUCCUGAUGAAGCUGCCUUCGUUCAAGAUAUCCUUUCGAAGAUUCAUGCUCUAUUUACUGAGAUUUGCUGUCAUUAG